AUGGCUGGUCAGAAACGAAAGCGAGAUGCUGAGCUGCUUGAUGACGAAGGUCUUCAGAAAAGGAUAACGGGCAAACUGCAUCACAGCUUCAAAGAAGCCACCCAAGCUGCAAAGAAAGCCAAGGCGUUUGAAGUUCAACGAACUGUGAAGAAGCUUAAAGAUGCUAGGCAGAAAGCGCCAGGUGAUGUCCCGGGGUUGGAGAAUAAAUUGGAGGCUGCAAAGGCCCUAGAUCAUGCCGCACUUGCACGUAUCUCGCUCUCUCGGAAGAUUCAAAAGAUCAAGACACUUUCAGAAAACUCAAUCAUUCAAUCUGCAUUGGCUCAAGUCGAUAUUCCGUCGUUCGAAAGUAUAACAGGAGAGGCAAAACAGGCUGUGCUCAGCUCUAAGAUUUUAGCGGGAGAAGUAGGGAGGUUGUGUACUGAUUUAAAGGAGCUGGUCGAACCUACUGAAGAGAAGGAGCCCCAACAAAAGGGUUCAUCUGAAGAGGAUGAUGAUGAAGUAGAGUGGGAGGGUAUUCGGGAUGAGAACGAAGGCGAAAACGAAGAAGACGAAAGCGAUACCUCUAACUCGGCUGUGCUGGAGUCUGCGCUCUCAAAGCUCAGGAUCCCACUCGAUAGCGUUCCUCAAGGACACUACUCGGAUUCAUCUUCCGAAACUGAUAGCAUUGUGUUGGACGAGGGGGAGGAGGAAGCUGAUGAUGGUGCUUCGUGGGAGUCUGGGAGUGUGGACAGCGAUGGAAACGUUCGGCGUGAUGUUUCUCCAUCCGCAUCAUCCACAAGCUCAAACUCGCCUCCAAAGAAACAAACCAAAACUGCAAACAAAACAGAGUCGAGAUUUCUUCCAUCUUUGGCUUCUGGAUUUAUUCGUGGGAAUUCGGACGGUUCAGAUAUUGAGGACGCGGAUGUUGCACCAGAGAGAAAGAACCGCAGGGGACAAAGAGCGAGGAAAGCGAUAUGGGAAAAGAAAUAUGGAAAGAAUGCGAAUCACGUUAAGAAAGCGAGAGAAGAGGCGGCCGCUCGAGGGAGGGGUAGGGGUAGGGACCGAGGAGGACUCGCUGCAGGUACAGGAAGAGUGGCUCAUUCAACUGGCGAAAAGCGAGGUGGAAGUUCUAGAAUGUCCCGAGGAGGCCCACCCGCCGGACGAGGUGGUCGAGUUCGUCCUCCGCCAGCUCCUCUUCCAACCACUCAGGACUCAGGAUGGCAGCAGCGGCUUCCAAAGAAAGAGAAGGAAGAAAAGGCGAUACACCCAAGUUGGAUAGCAAAACAAAAGCUCAAGUAUAAGGAGUCUAUUGCGGCUGUUCCCCAAGGUAAAAAGAUCGUAUUCGAUUACCCAAACUCGUACUCGUACCCAUACUUGGACGCGCCCACGAUGCCCAGUCCACGACUCACGGAUAAAGAACUUUUUGAUAUCAAUAGCGCGGCGGUCACCAAAGAGUACAGCGUCAAGCCGCAUCUUGAUUAUCGGACUGUCUCUGCGGUUAACGGCCCACUUGUCGUGCUCGAUAAUGUCAAGUUUCCUUCGUACAAUGAAAUCGUACGUCUAACACUCCCAGACGGUACACAACGCGGCGGUCAAGUACUUGAAGUGCAAGGAAAGAAGGCCAUCGUUCAAGUCUUCGAGGGUACAGCAGGAGUCGACGUCAAGGCUACUCAUGUGGAGUUUACGGGCAGUAGCAUGAAGUUGCCAGUUUCUGAAGACAUGCUUGGUCGUAUCUUCAACGGAUCUGGUCAGCCCAUUGAUAAAGGUCCCAAAGUCUUUGCUGAAGACUAUUUGGAUAUCAACGGGUCCCCAAUUAACCCUUAUUCGCGUAUUUACCCUGAAGAAAUGAUCCAGACGGGUAUUUCGACUAUCGACACCAUGAAUUCUAUCGCUCGAGGACAGAAGAUUCCUAUCUUCUCGGCAGCUGGUUUGCCCCAUAACGAGAUUGCGGCCCAAAUCUGUCGACAAGCAGGUCUCGUCAAGCGUCCGACCAAGGACGUGCAUGAUGGACACGAAGACAACUUUAGUAUUGUCUUUGCGGCUAUGGGUGCUAACCGUGAAACUGCUCGCUUUUUCCAACGUGACUUCGAGGAGAACGGUUCGCUCGAUCGUGUUACGCUGUUCCUCAACUUGGCCAACGACCCGACGAUUGAGCGUAUCAUUACGCCUCGAUUGGCAUUGACGACGGCUGAGUAUUACGCGUACCAGUUGGAGAAGCACGUACUCGUUAUCCUGACCGAUAUGAGUUCAUAUGCGGAUGCGCUACGUGAAGUUUCUGCUGCCCGUGAAGAAGUACCUGGACGACGUGGUUAUCCUGGUUACAUGUAUACUGAUUUGUCGACUAUUUACGAGCGUGCCGGGCGUGUACAGGGAAGGAAUGGAUCAAUCACCCAGAUUCCGAUCUUGACUAUGCCUAACGAUGAUAUCACCCACCCUAUUCCCGAUCUUACUGGCUACAUUACCGAGGGUCAAAUUUUCGUCGAUCGACAACUUCACAAUCGUCAAAUUUAUCCUCCCAUCAACGUCCUCCCCUCCUUGUCCCGUUUGAUGAAGAGUGCCAUUGGCGAGAAGCUUACUCGCAAAGAUCAUGGUGAUGUAUCCAAUCAGCUGUACGCGAAAUAUGCUAUUGCAAGGGAUGCUGCGGCAAUGAAGGCAGUCGUUGGUGAGGAGGCGCUUUCGCCCGAAGACAAGUUGGCACUGGAAUUCUUGGAACGAUUCGAAAAGGAGUUUGUCGGCCAAGGCGCCUAUGAGUCCCGCACGAUCUUUGACUCUCUGGACCUUGCAUGGUCCCUGCUACGUAUCUUCCCAAAGGAACAGUUGAACCGUAUCAACCCCAAGAUUAUUGCCGAGUUCUACUCCCGGCAGCCGAAGUCUAAGAAGACAGAGGAAAAGAAAGAAGAGGGGAAACUCAUCGAUGCGUAG